CAGUUUCUUCGAUGUAUCUCUUUAACAUUUCUAAAUACCCGACAAAGGUUUGAAACGAAAAAAAAAUUGGGUAAAAAAAAUGUGUGCCGAGCGUUUCACCUUCGACCAGCUGAAGAAUCUUCAGCAGUUAUUUCAUCCGCCAAGAGAAAACUCGGACUCGGACUCUGACGACGAGAAUCUAAAGCAGAAAUUGUCGCGCAAAAAAAUCGGAAGUGUGGAAAAAACGGCUCCCGGCAACGAGAGCAGCGCAGAAGCAGCAGCAGCAGCGACAAAUUCAAGCGAUGAGAAAAAAGUUCAAGCCAAAGAAUCGGACAUAUGGCAUCCAGCCGAAGUCGAGUCGGUCGCGAGCUUCCAAAAGGAAGAUCCGAGAGUCGUGCCCGAGUACAAAAUGAAAUUCAAACAGUCCGUCGGCACGGAGGAUAUUUAUCUUGGAAUGAACUUGAAAACACCAGGCACGGCUUCGUGCGAGUGGCUGACGCUGACGGUGAAAUUACCCGAGGAGAUCCGCGAACGCGUCGAGCUCUCGGUCGAAUCCAACGUCGUUGAUUUACGAAGUCCCAAAUAUCGGCUCCAACUGCCAACGCCAUUUCCUGUUGAUCCUAAUGGCUCGUCGGCGAAAUGGCACGCCGACAGCGAGUGCUUGGAAAUAACCCUCAAACUCUCAAGAGAGCUCGACGACGUCAAUUUUUGAAAAAUGUCUGACUCCAAUCCUGCCACGGUCUAUAUACG